GUAUGCAACACUAUGAGAUAAAUGCUAAAAUCAUAAAAAUAACCAAACAUAACAACCAGCGUGUCUUGUUUGGUCUUACAUAAUAGUGUAUCGUUAGUCGUCGGAUCGAAGACUUGUGUUUUGUGUUGUUAAAAUUUCGCACAUUUAAAAAGAUGACAAUUCGUUGGGGUAUAGUAUGCGCUGGCAAAAUCUGCCAAGACUUCGUUAAUGCAGUGAACAGCUACCCGGACAAGGGUGACCAGGUGAUAGCCGCCAUUGCAGCCAGGAACAAGAAGCGAGCCGCGGAGUUUGCGAAACAGCUCAACAUUCCUAAAGUAUUCGACUCUUAUGAAGCAUUGGCUAGAAGCAAGGACAUUGAUGUUGCAUACAUCGGGGCCCUUAAUCCAGACCACUAUGAGCUAAGCAAAUUAUUCCUCGAAAAUGGAAAGCAUGUUCUUUGUGAGAAGCCCUUGUGCCUCAAUUUGAAACAAGCUCAAAGCCUGGUAAAAUUUGCUCAAGCAAAGAAACUAUUCUUAAUGGAAGCCGUGUGGUCCCGGUUUUCACCUGCGUAUAUCGCGCUGGAGAAAGAUAUCAAGGAUGGAAAAUUGGGAGAUGUCUCAUUUUUGGAAGUUAACUUCGGCGUUCCUAUUGGCGGUGUCGAUAGAGUGAAUAAAAAGGAAUUCGGCGGCAGUGCGGUAAUGGACAUUGGGAUAUACGUACUGCAAUUGUCCCAAUUUGUAUUCAAAGACGAUCCAAUAAAAGUAUCAGUAGUCGGCACACCCCUCAAUGAGUCAGGCGUGGAUCUACUGGAGACCAUCGUUCUGGACUACUCUGGCGGCAGGCGUGCUGUACUCAAUGUCAACGCUCACAUAAGAAUGUGGAACAAAGCUACCAUCUAUGGCAGUAAAGGAAGAGCCACGCUGGAAGACCCCUUCCAUUUCCCAACCAAGCUGACUAGGGAAGACGGCAAGACUGAAGAAUUCCCGCUGCAUGGCUCACGAGAAUACAACUUUGAGAACAGUGCUGGACUAGUUUACGAGGCUUUAGAAACCGUUAGAUGUAUUCAAAAUGGUCUCACAGAGUCACCACGAAUGAGCCAUAAGGAGAGCUUGCUUCUAGCGAAGCUAGAAGAUGAGGUUCGAAGGCAGCUUGGAGUUCAUUUUGACGUGGAUGACCAGGAAUUUCCAUAAAAAGACUUUCAAUACCUCAGAUUUUAUUGUAUUUUUUAAAAAUGUUGUAGCGAUGUCUCAACGAUUACGAUGAUUUUAAUAAAUUAAAUCUUUCAUUGUCUGUAUAAAA